AUGAACGCUCAUUUGAUCCGCUCGCUGCAAUUCGCGGCUCCUCGAUUCCUCUCCACCACCACAUCAACGUCAAGCAUGUACGAUCCGCGAGUAUUUCGCGAGCCGGUGACAGACGUUGAAGAAAUGAAAAAACCAUUGGACACCGAUGACGAGAGAAAUUUUCUGUUCAUCAAAGCAAUGAAAAGCGACCAAACCCCUGUAUUCUAUAGGGACCCGGUGAUCGAUAAACUGAUUCGCGUUUGCACAAAAGAUGGCAAGAAGGACGUUUCGCGAACAAAUGUAUUGAGUGCUCUUGAAAUUAUCAAGCGUCGCCAGUAUAAAGCAUGGCUGAAGGCUAGCGAUGAGGAAAAAAAAUCAAUUGAACUCGACCCGUUCCGAAUCGCGCGUGAGGGAAUCCGAAAUUGUCAUCCGCUGAUGAAAUUGCAAGGGGUAACCCGCGGUGGAACCACCUAUCAAGUGCCAUUUCCCAUCGAGGAGGAUGAAGCCGAAUUUCGGGCAAUGAAAAUGAUGAGGGACAUUUGUCGGCAACGUUCCAAAUCGGGAGCCACACAUUUCAAGGAUAUUCUGGCGACAGAAUUGCUGGCAGCAAGCCAAAACGAGGGUCAGACGAUUCAGGCGAAGCAGGAAUUGCACAAGACAUGUGAAGCGAAUCGCGCAUAUGCUCAUUAUAGAGCAUAA